AUGAAAAGGCGAAACUGUCAUCUGUCCUCCACUGAGGUCCUGCUCUCCAUCCUCUUCUUUCUACUGCUGGCUGUGUGCUUGGGUCUUAUUGUUGUCACUUGGCUCGCCUUGCACCCUGACACACCAGAUGAGACAGAAGUUAAUCUGAGUGGCAGGCUGGUCAUUUCCCAGGGUGCCAUAUUUACAGAGGAGCUUCACAACAAGUCAUCACUGCAGUUCAAAGCUUUGGCCUUUGACGUGGAGCAUCUGGUAUCCAAUAUUUAUUCUGGGAGCUCACUAGGAGAACAGUACAAGGCAUGUAUGGUGGCUGGCUUCAGCAGUGGAAGUGUGGUAGUGACCUUUGACCUCCACUUUGCUGGGCCAGUGGAUGCAGAGGUGGCACAGCAACAGCUAGUGGUUGGGGUGCAGGCUGGAACUCAGGAAGCUCUGGUCAUUGAUGCUAAGAGCAUUCUGAUCACAGCUGAAGGAAAACUCCCAACAGAACGACCAUCGAUAACGACCGUCACAGUGCAGCCCAGUGAGCCCACCUCAGUUCCAGGGCAGUGUGCUUCUGGUCAGAUGAUAUGUACCGAUGGCCAAACAUGCAUUCCCAAUGUGAUGCUCUGUGACGGAGUAUACGACUGUCCCAAUGGCUCAGAUGAAGAUGAGAUUCUCUGUGCAACAACCUGUGAUGGAAAGUUCCUGCUGCUUGGCCCCACAGGCUCCUUCCAUUCCAAAAACUUCCCACUGCCCUAUGACAGUGAUACUACAUGUCGCUGGGUCAUACGUGUUCAGGAUGGAUAUGCCAUACGUGUAGACUUCCAGUCAUUUGACACUGAAGAGGAUAUUGAUGUUCUCGAUGUCUAUGAGGGCAUAGGCAAAAGCAAAAGCCUGAUCACUACCCUGUCAGGUUCUUCCCCGGGAUCUGUGUGGAUUCUGUUCCAUGAGGCCACUAUUGAGUUCCUCUCAGACUUCAUAAACAACCUGAAGGGAUUCAAUGCCACCUACAGGGAGGAAAACCUGCAUGGCCUAACCAAUGCUGACAAGGUGAAUUGCUCUUUUGAGGAUGGUCUGUGUCUCUGGAGGCAGGACCAAACAGAGGACGGGGACUGGAUGCGAGUCAAUUUCCCUACAUUUCCCCCUUUGACUGGGCCCAGCUUUGACCACACCCUGGGGAACCAAUCAGGGUACUACAUCGUCACCCCGGGAGGACCUGGUACAUGGGAAAAGAGCUUUCGGAUUUACAGCCUCCCAUUGACUCAUUCAAAAGAGCCAAUGUGCCUGAGCUUCUGGUAUCACAUGUACGGAGUGGAUGUAUGGUUAUUGAAGGUGUUUGUGGAAAAUCAGACCAUAGCCACAGUGGUCUUCCAGAAAGAGGGAAAUUACGGGGACCAAUGGAAUUAUGGACAGGCUACUCUGAAUGAUACAGCAGACCUAACGGUGGUUUUUGAGGCUCAGAAGAAAGGGGGGUUAAAAAAUGAUAUUGCUUUGGAUGACAUUAGCCUCACAAAUGGUCCCUGUGAGGAAGGAGUCUAUCCAGAUCCUACCCCUGUACCCAUCCCAACGACUCCUCCACCCAUUCCUCCGGACUGCGGUGGACCAUUUGACCUUUGGGAGCCAAACUCCACCUUCAGCUCCCCCAAUUAUCCAAGCUCUUACGGAAACAGAGCAUCCUGUGUGUGGACCCUCCACGGAGGGGAAGGGAAAAAUAUCCAACUGCACUUCUCGGAUUUUGACGUGGAAGCUACGUUUGACAUGGUUGAGGUGCGAGAUGGAGCUGGAGGAAGUUCGGAGUUGCUUGGUGUCUUCACUGGAAGUGAUACAUCAAUUGCAGAUGUGUUCUCCACAACCAAUCAGAUGACUGUUAUGUUCUUCUCGGACCAGUCAGGAUAUGGCAGGGGAUUCCAUGCCAAUUUCACCUCUGGCUUCAGGCUAGGUCAGCCUGAGCCCUGUACUGCUGGACAUUAUCAGUGUCGGUCUGGAGCUUGUAUUUCAAACACUAGUGUUUGUGACAGUCACCCAGACUGCUCCGAUGCCUCCGAUGAAGCUGAAUGUGUGAACCUCCAGUCAGGCAAUGGAACCAUCAAUCAGCUGCAGCUCCAGGUUCAGAACUCAUGGCACACUGUGUGUGCUGAUAACUGGACAACACAGCUCUCCAGGUUCCUGUGCAACUAUUUGGGUUUUCGGGCAGGAAAUGCUUCUAUGGUGCCCCUCUCUGAAGGAAAUGGCUCCUUCAUCACUUUGAUUCCCAUGAGCAAUGGCUCUCUGGACAUCGAACUAAGUGAUGUAUGUGCUGGUGGGAUGGCUGUAUCUCUACAAUGUGACAACAAGCCGUGUGGCAUUCAAAUGGUCCAAUGGUCAGAAGGAGGGAUGGAAAGGAGAGAGGGAAGAGAAGCCAAUGAGGAGCAGGAAGAUGAUGACAGCAGCAGAGUGGUUGGAGGCACUGAUGCGCGGGAAGGGGUGUGGCCAUGGAUAGUGUCUCUGCACUGGAGAGGGCGUCAUGUCUGUGGAGCCUCGCUGAUUGACAGGGAGUGGCUGAUCACUGCUGCACACUGUGUCUAUGGGAAGAAUGUGCACAUCUCUGGCUGGAAGGCCUUGUUAGGCCUCCAUCGACAGGGGGGUCCACCAUCCCUGCACAAAGAGACCAGACAGGUUGACCGGAUCAUCUUCAACAAGAUCUACAACAGGAGGACCAAGGAUGGUGACAUUGCUAUGAUGCACCUGGAGACACCGGUCAACUUUACAGACUACAUCCAACCCAUCUGUCUCCCAGACAAUGAUGAACCAGGGAGGAAAUGCUUCAUUGCAGGCUGGGGAAGAGUGGCUGAGCAAGGUUCAGUGGCAGAUGUACUGCAGGAAGCAGCCGUACCCCUGUUGAGUCAGGCCGUGUGCAAGAAGCAGCUGCCUGAGUAUAACAUCACUGCCAGGAUGGUGUGUGCUGGGUACCUUGAAGGGGGUGUGGACUCCUGUCAGGGAGACUCAGGGGGGCCCCUCAUGUGCUACCAAGAUGGACACUGGACAUUGGUAGGGGUGACUUCGUUUGGAGUAGGAUGUGGCCGCCCCGAGAGACCUGGGGUGUAUGCUCUGGUUUCUGAGUUCACCAACUGGGUGGCAGAGGUCAGACGCUUUUCCUGAAACUGGGACUAGAGAUGCACUUCCUGACAAGUGAA